AUGAAACUUGUAAAAAGGGUUGACACCUACACUAAGAUUUACCACGGUGAAAAAGUGUUCGGCUACACUUGUACCAAGUGCAGUAAAUUCUACAAAAUGUGGUGUAACUAUUUGAAGCACAAAUGCGAGGCGCCAGAAUUUAAGUGUCCACACUGCCCUUACGUCGCUUUCAAGUCAUCCAUACUAGAAUUUGAAGGAGCCUAUGACGGCCUUUGCCUGUCGGAAUUGCCAAAAAAUUACUGGAAGAAUAUUUAUGAACGAGGCGGAGGAGCAGGAGGUGGGGGACCUAAUACUUGUUUCAAGUGCGGCAAGACCUACGUUCAUUUUUACACUCUAAAACGUCAUUUGGACUACGAAUGCCAAGUGAUACCGAAAUUUCGUUGCUCGUACUGUUCGAGGCGUUCAAAGCACAAAAGCGAUAUGAAGGAUCACAUCACGAGGAUUCAUAAAAAUAAGCCAAUAACGUUUUAUGAGCUUCUGGAUAACGAUGUUGAGACUCGAUUGGAACUUUUUUUCAUGAUAAGGGUCAUCUACUACGAUCAAAUCUACGUAGACGAUCCUUUAGCUUUGCCGGGGCCGUCGCAACAGCCGUAUCCUCUUUGGUUCCCGAAUCGCUACAGCCACGUCUGCAACGUCUGUUACAGAUCAUACAAGCACUACACGACAUUAAUUCGACAUAAAAAAUACGAGUGCCAAAAAGUAGCGAGUCUGAAGUGCCAGUUUUGCCCGCAUCGAUUCAAACGUACGGAUCAUUUAAAAGCUCAUACUCUGAAUUGCAAGCUCAAAAAAGACACAAGAAUACAAUUUGUGGAGGUGCAAGAUAUAUUGGCCAGUGGGAGCGUGUUGAAACCCCAGCCUAAGCGGGGACGCGCCCGAAUGGGCCACCGAGGGCGCCGGCAGAUGGUCGAUAGGUGCCGUUUUCUCUGUCCAAGAUGUCCGAGCAGUUUUUCAUACCUGCGUGGCUUGCAACAGCACAUCAAGUACGCGUGUCGCAAAUCACCGCGCUUUCAGUGUCCUUAUUGCGGCCAACGGGCCAAGUAUCGCUACGCGGCUUACAACCACGUUCGCCAGAUGCACAAGCAGGAGGAGGUGUACUGCAUCGACACACUGGCCGAGGCGUCGCAAAGUUAA